CUCCGUCUCAAAAAAACAAAAUGAAAAACAAGCAAAACAUCCUGAGGCCUGACAGAGGUAGUAACCUGUCCAUAGCCUCCAACCACAGGCCUGGCAGAGCCGGACUCCCCACCCUGGGCUGGGGACUGGGGACGCCCCCGCCGUGCUCAGAUGGACCUGUGUGGCCUCACGCCCGCCUUCCCUGUUCCCCUUGACCAGGUGGCUGACAUGGAGGAGCUGACCAUCUGGGAGCAGCACACAGCCACGCUGUCCAAGGACCCCCGCCGGGGCUUCGGGAUUGCCAUCUCCGGAGGUCGAGACCGGCCCGGUGGGUCGGUGGUUGUGUCUGACGUGGUACCCGGAGGGCCAGCGGAGGGCAGGCUACAGACAGGCGACCACAUUGUCAUGGUGAACGGGGUCUCCGUGGAGAAUGUCACCUCCACCGUUGCCAUUCAGAUCCUCAAGACCUGCACCAAGAUGGCCAACAUUACAGUGAAACGUCCCCGGAGGAUCCAGCUGCCCGCCACCAAGGCCAGCCCCUCCGGUCCACAGCGCCAGGACUCGGACGAGGAUGAUGGGCCCCGGCGGCUGGAGGACGUGGACCAGGGCCGGGGCUAUGACGGCGACUCAUCCAGUGGCUCCGGCCGAUCCUGGGAUGGGCGCUCCCGCCGGCCGAGGCCUGGUCGCCGGGGCCAGGCCAGCAGCCACAGGCGUAGGAGCCCAGGUGGUGGCUCUGAGGCCAAUGGGCUGGCCUUGGUGUCUGGCUUUAAGCGGCUCCCGCGGCAGGACGUGCACAUGAAGCCCGUGAAGUCGGUGCUGGUGAAGAGGAGGGACAGCGAGGAGUUUGGCGUGAAGCUGGGCAGUCAGAUUUUCAUCAAGCACAUUACAGAUACGGGCCUGGCCGCGCGGAACGGAGGGCUGCAGGAAGGAGACCUCAUUCUACAGAUCAAUGGGGUGUCCAGCCAGAACCUGUCACUGAGCGAUACCCGGCGGCUGAUUGAGCAGUCGGAAGGGACGCUGACUCUGCUGGUGCUGAGGGAUCAUGGGCAGUUCCUGGUGAACAUUCCGCCUGCCGUCAGUGACAGCGAAAGCUCCCUAUUGGAGGACAUCUCAGACCUCGCCUCGGAGCUGUCUCAGGCGCCACCAUCCCACAUCCCGCCACCACCCCGGCCCGCUCAGCAGAGCCCCGAGGCCAGCCAGACCGACUCUCCCGUGGACAGCCCCCGGCUUCAGCGGGAAAAUUCAGUGGAUUCCAGAACCAUCUCAGAACCAGAGUUGCCCAGGGAGAGCAGCUCUGACAUCUACAGAGUGCCCAGCAGCCAGAGCAUGGAGGAUCGUGGGUACAGUCCCGACACAAGAGUGGUCCGCUUUGUCAAGGGCAAGAGCAUCGGGCUACGGCUGGCAGGGGGCAAUGACGUGGGCAUCUUCGUGUCCGGGGUUCAGGCAGGCAGCCCGGCCGACGGGCAGGGCAUCCAGGAGGGAGAUCAGAUCCUGCAGGUGCGCCGGGGGUGGCCAGCCACGCCCACCCAUCAUAAGCGUGUCGUUUAUUAUAAGGAAGUGGAGGCGUUUGUACAACACAUUAGCAGUCUUUACCGCAAAUGGGACCUUGAUUCUUUCACUUGUCUCUGCCCCUCAGCCAGUUUCAAGCGCCCAGUGGUGAUCCUGGGACCCGUGGCCGACAUUGCUAUGCAGAAGUUGACUGCUGAGAUGCCUGACCAGUUUGAAAUCGCAGAGACCGUGUCCAGGACGGACAGCCCCUCCAAGAUCAUCAAACUGGACACCGUGCGGGUGAUUGCAGAAAAAGACAAGCAUGCGCUCCUGGAUGUCACCCCCUCCGCCAUCGAGCGCCUCAACUAUGUGCAGUACUACCCCAUCGUGGUCUUCUUCGCCCCCGAGAGCCGGCCGGCCCUCAAGGCACUGCGCCAGUGGCUGGCACCUGCCUCCCGCCGCAGCUCCCGCCGCCUCUACGCCCAAGCCCAGAAGCUGCGGAAGCACAGCGGCCACCUCUUUACAGCCACCAUCGCUCUGAAUGGCACGAGUGACGCCUGGUACCAGGAGCUCAAGGCCAUCAUUCGAGAGCAGCAGACACGGCCCAUCUGGACGGCAGAAGAUCAGCUGGACGGCUCCUUGGAGGACAACCUAGACCUCCCUCACCGCGGCCUGGCCGACAGCUCUGCCGACCUCAGCUGCGACAGCCGUGUCAACAGCGACUAUGAGACGGACGGCGAGGGCUGCACGGACGGCGAGGGGGGGGCCCACACGGAUGUGGACGAUGAGCCCCCGGCUCCGGCCCUGGCCCGGUCCUCGGAGCCUGUGCAGGAGGAUGAGCCCCAGAGCCCGAGGGAUCAUGGGAGAAUCUCGGCUCACUGGGAGGCCCAGGUUGACAGCCGCCACCCGCAGGGUCAGUGGCGACAGGACAGCAUGCGGACCUACGAACGGGAAGCUCUGAAGAAAAAGUUUACACGAGCCCGCGACGUGGAAUCCUCUGACGAGGACGGCUACGACUGGGGGCCCGCCACGGACGUGUGACCUCCUCCAGGCUGCCAGCCGGUCUGUCCUCCUCCUCCCUCCCUGGGGCUGGGGCUCAGUUUCCCCACGGAACCCACAACCCUGCCCCCUCCGCCUGGUCUUUAAUAAACCGAGUAUUUUCGCAGCA